AUGUCGCAGCAGGGCUCCUACCUCAACGCGAAAUCCGGCUUCUUGCAAGCGCCUCGUGGUGCUGCUGGCCAACCAUCCUCGUGGUUUCAGCGUUUCUGGGCGAAAGAGAUCUUGGACCCCGCCAAGCUCAUCGGCAAUGCUACCAUGGUAUGGGGCGUGAGCUUUUUUGCUCUUGGUAUCUUGUUCUUCCGCAAGGCAGGUUUUGUGCUUGUACCUGCGUUCUAA